UCUUGCUGCAGUACGGACGUGUUUUUGUGCUCUCUCCGGAGGCAUUUCUGGUGUGGUGCUUGCUACAUAUUUAAUGGACUUGUGGCGAAUAAACGGUCAGUAAAUAGGUGAACGAGAAAAGUGCAACGGUGCGGAAGGUACAUAAACGUACGUUGGUACCGGCAGCCAGAGCGAGUUUGUUGAUAACAAGGCGGCGGAAUAUAAAACAAAGCAGGCGAUAAAAAUCAUUCAAUCAAAUCGGAACAAAUACAAAUAUAUAGCAACGACGUUUGGCCGCGGUGUUAGGAUUCGGUUGGAGCGCGGGGCUAGUUUUGGCCAAAAGCGGAAGAUUUUUUUUGUCGCUGUUGUUUUACUAUGCAAAAAGAAUGGAAAAGGAAUAGUUGUGUGGUUUGCGGAACGUGAAGUUUUUGGUAGUGCUAUGAAAAAAGUUAUCAUUAUUAUCAAGGACUCCGAAGAUUCGUUUCAUGUCUCAUCUUAUUGAGAUUCUUACUAAUUUGUGAAUUCAAUUCAUAUUCAACGAUUUAAAAUCAUAUAGGAUAUGCCAUCUUUGACAACGGUGUUUAUGUUUAUAAUGUAAACCAAUGGCAUCAGCGUAAAACACAACGAUCGGUCAGAGCUUGUCAUGACUCCCGGUGGAGGCCACUAAAUCCGCCCACGACGGAAUCAAUAAAAUCGGAAAUGUUUACAAUUUACAGCUUCGGAUGGACAUUAAAGAUGAUUCAAAAUGCGUGAAAAUCCUACUGGUGAAUUGUGUGCUGGUGAUUUUCGUGUGAACGAUACCUAAGCCUAGGAGGUGGUUAUGAAGAAUCAGAACAAAACUAAUCUCAUCAACGAGGGUUUGAAUUAUUAGUCAAUUUAGCGCAACUGUGGUGUUUAUAGUGUUUAUAUUCAUAGUUGUGGUUAAAUAAGCAUCGGUGCUCUUCUAUAGCGAAAAUUACAAGUGUGUCUUACGUAGUGAAGUAAUAAGAUUAUUCGUCUGCGAUGAGGUAAUCAUCCUGUUUUGAUUGUACAGCCUAUCAGUAACAGUAACAGUACGACUCGACCGACGAAUGGAUUAAUCUCAAUCCAGUCUGCUCCGGAGUGUAGAAGAGAGUUGGAUUUCGUGUCACAAUGGCCAACUACUUCGUCUGUUUGGUGAUUCAGCGAUUGGUGCUACCACUGAUUCUGGCAAUAUGUUGUCUGAUGAGGCCGGUAGGACUAUCGCUUCCGUACUUGCUCUUCCUACUAUGUCUACCAUUUGUGCCAGUAGCUAUGCCAAGAAGUAUGAAAGGUUCCACAGGAGUCUUUUUCAAGAUAUACAUUACAAUCAGUUUGUUGCUGUUAUUAGGCCAGAUAACUUUCCAAAUAGUUUUUGUAGUACUCGGAUUUGAACUAAUCGCAUCAUGCCAGUUCCUGGAAGUCCUCCUGCGUCACAUCGGUCUGGUGAAGUUCGAGGAUUUAGAUGUGGCGAUGGUCAUCUACUGGAUCUCUCCGGAGAUCAUAAUGAGUUGUACGGCUGUCACCGUGUAUGCGGUACUGAGUAAGCUGGCAGCCGUGGACAUGGACACCGAACAGGAUCCGAACAGUCCUAGUACGUUGGAAGCACCAGAAUCGCUAUCCUUGCGGUAUGAUACAAAUCCGGUGAAUCGAGAAAAGUUGGCGUUUCUAACAAAGUUCGGAGUGUUGCUUAGUGUCGCAAUGCUGUGCCUGGCGGCUGUGCUACAACCCUCGGUUCCCAGUGGGAUCUAUUUUGUAAUAUUUUUGGGAUCCACCACGUGGUGGGCUUGUUACAAAGAAUUGAAUAGAGCGUUCGGAAUAGUUUUAAGGAUAACAUUGCUAUUUUUAAUUAUACACAUCACCGGAUUGUUAGCAUAUCAGAAUCCAUGGCCGCAGCAGCUGUUACCGGCAAACGACACGCUUGCGCGGAUAUUUGCUCUAACGCCAAUAUUGUCCUCGUCGUGUGAUAACGUUACCGACAUCCGUGAAGUGCACUUCAAUGGCGGUCUGGGCUCGGAUUACUAUUUAAAUCCCGUAGUACUUAUGAUCUGUUAUUACUGUAUAUCAAUCACCUCAUCACUUCUCAUGAGACCAAGAAUGACGGAAAAGGAGUGUAAACGCCAGGAACUCUUCUACCAACUCGAAAGUGGAGUCCGUCUCCAGCGGCAAAUUUCAUUUCGCAUGCAUAGAAAAAACAUUCUCCGCAAGACACUGACCAGCGACCGGUGGCGUGGAGCUGCGCGAAAGCUGAUGCGUGGUGGAACACGAAGGGUUCGAGAUGUCUCCACUUCCGAUGCGCAGAAUUCAACUGCCAAUGAUAGUAUAGCUAUGCACACUAUUGGCCUUAAACGUGUUUCAGAAGAGGACGAUUCAAUGAACUUUUUUGAGCAGAUUAUGAUCGCCAGCGGAAAUGUGGCCAGUUUUAUUUACAAAAACAGCUACAUCUUCACCAAUGUGAUAAUGAUGACCUGGAGCAUAAUGUAUCACAGUUGGUUGACCUUUGUUCUGCUCAUUUGGGCCAAUUUAAUUUGGAUUAUGCCAAAUCAACGCAGGAAUAUGCUAAACUCUAGUCCCUUCCUAGUCAUCUAUGCCGAACUGUUGCUGCUGGCACAGUACCUGUACGGAAUGAAGCUCACCGAUGACGAGCUGCCGUCCACCGUCAAUAUAACCGGCAUUAAUCUCGCCCAGAUCGGGUUGAUAAAGUAUCGUGACUAUCCGUGUUUACCACUGAUGAUAAAGUCACUUUUCACCACUAUGUUCUGGAUCUCCAUGAGGCAGAUGAUUCAGGAGCGACAGAUGGAACGGAGAACUUCGGCUAUAGCCGAUCUAGCCGCACCGCUGCAGGUUACGGUUGGUGCGGCAACAACAGCAGCUUCGAGGGCCGAACGAUCACCGGAUAAGAAAUCUUCUGCCUUCAUCACGCGUACCGGCGCAUUAAUCAAUUCAUUCCUGAUCAAAUUUUGGAUCUGGGUAGUCGCAAUCACGCUGUUUCUGUCCGGGAUGACGGGGAACCGAAUGACCGGUUUUCGAAUAAUUUACAUGGCAUUGUUUUUGAUAUUCGUCCUCACAUUCCAGUUUUCUUUCAAAAUCUGGCGCAAAAUGAUGUACACGUUUUGGCUCACGGUCAUCGUUUACUCCAUGUCCAUUCUAGUUCUAGUGUACACCUAUCAAUUCGAUAAGUUCCCGCUUUACUGGACUGAAUACCUUAAGAUAUCAGAUACAUUGCAAAAAGAUAUCGGCUUACAACUAUACGAAACCAAACAGCUCUUCCUUCAUCUAGUGAACCCAACUAUGAUAGUCAUCAUCACGGUCAUUCAACUUCAUUAUUGCCAUAGAAAGUUCUUGGAAAUAUCGGAAAUUCCAAUCAUCCAAGAAAGUGAUGUUCCUCUAAUUUCGGAAACCAGUUCCGCCUACGGCACUUUUUCGAAGCGGAAAAAGCUCAGCAGCAUGACAGACGCUCCGCCGAUUGAAAAAGAUGCGGAGGAUGAUAAUGAAAAUGCAAAACCACCGAAAAAAGAUAACUUAGAUACUACGUCGGAAAUACUGGAGGAUCUUCGCUUUCGAAAACUGUCCAAACAGGAAAUCAAAGGCGUCGCUCAAAAACUGAUCAGUCGGCUGUCGGAAAUUGCCGAACUUGUGUGGUUGUUUUUCGAGAUCCACUUACUGAAGAUCAUAUUGAUCGUUGCAUUUUCACUGGGUGUCAAGUCGGUUAGCUUUCUGCAUUUAUUGUACAUUUUCAUGACAGUAUUUGCAGUUAAAUCGCACACCAGUUCGCUAGUACUGAUAACCAGGAUUAUGUCAUUGAUUUCGUCAUUUUUGCUGAUCACGACCAUGAUGUAUCAGGUAGACUAUAUCAACGAAAACAAUUAUAUUAGUAACUGUACGAACAUCAACGUAAGUAUCACACACAUGGAGAUGAACAAUGCGAAAUGGAUCGGAUUCCAGAAAACCAGCGCCGUCAGUAGUCUGUUGGAUUUAGUGCGAUCUUAUUUGGUUUACAUCAUUGUUGUGACGAUUCAUGCUGUUGUUGUUCUACGCCAAACUAUUCGUCGAAUACGGUUAGGACAAUCACCACGAACACCCAAUUUGAUGUUCCCGAAAGUAUCCCGGGCGGACGCUGAUAAGAAUAUUCCUCAAAUGCUGAAAUACUUGUUCAACUAUGGGUUCUACAAAUUCGGAGUAGAAAUUUCACUCGUCUCAUUGAUUAUCGUGAUUGCCUCCAGGAUGGAUAUAUUUUCGUGUUUUUACGCCGUAUGGGUUUGCGUAAUGUUCCAUAUGACCCGUGACAGUCUGCGAAGGGUGUGGCAAGUUCUCACGUGGUUUAUAGUCGUUUUGAUCCCGCUGCAAUAUGUGAUCUUCAUUGGACUUCCACCGGUGCUGUGCGUCGAUUAUCCGUGGGAUAUAGAAUUCUUGGACCAUUUUCGGAUUUGGGCCAUGUUACCGGAGAGUACGGAAGCGUUUCGAGCACAAGCUUCGAAAAUGGUAGCAGACUUUUUGCUUUUAAUGUUCCUCUGUCGGCAAACGCUAGUGUUCCGAAUCGAGGCACGCUACUCGUCCUGUCCGGAUGAUUUCGGUGGUGGCAGUAACAAAUCUGUGCUGAAGGACAUCGACACACUGGGGACGGUGCCGUUCGUCAACCCAACACCAGAUUUUAUAGCCAAAGUACGAAACUGGUUGGAUAUAGCGAAGCGAGGAGUUUUCCUGGUCUUUUUCUGGUUUACGUUGGCGAUUGUGUUUCUAACUGGAUCCAGCCGAGUUACAUUGUUCUCGAUUGGAUAUCUGAUAGGAUCGUUCACCUUUCUGUGGCAAGGAACUGAUUUCUACCUUAGACCGAUUAAAGCAAUUUUGAAAACUUGGAACAUGCUCAUUGGCUACAAUGUAUUUGUGAUAACCACGAAAACGUUACUUCAGAUGGUUGGAUGCCUUUAUCUGACCCAAUUAACAGCCAAAACCUGUUGGCUGGUGCAAUUAUUCGGUAUAUCGUGUUUGUCCUCCCAAGAGGCACCAACAGUGCCGAGUCCGACUGAUAUGGAUCAAGAUACUGAACAGUGCAACGUGCCUUACGAUGAUUCCGGCCUAUUUUGGGAUGGAGUAUGUUUUGCUUUUCUUUUGUUGCAGCGGCGCAUAUUUUCUAGUCACUAUUUCUGUCACAUCAUCAAUGAAACAAAAGCCAGUACUAUUUUGGCUUCCAGGGGAGCGGAGUUAAUUGAGGAGCUCCGUAUCAAAGACGUCAAACUGGAAAUUGAACGCGAAAGUCAAAUUCUGCAAAAAAUUAAAAUGAAGAUGGAUCGUAUCAAAGCCACCCAGCAGAAAAUUUUGGAACCAGUGCAUGAACCGACCACCCAUGCCAAAGAUUCCCGGCCCCCACGACCGAGCCUAUGGCGUCGAAUUUCGGAGAACAGAUCAGCGGCUAUUCGGUCCGGUGAUUAUUACAUGUUCGAAGACACGGAACAUGAGUUCGAAUUGGACCUGAUGCAACCAAGGGACUCCGAUGAAGACUACAAAACUGCGGAACGCCGUAUGAAUCGUAAACAUCUGACGCUUGGAAAGUUGAUAGCGAAAAUCAAAGAGCAAAACGAAUUAGAGGCGCAGUCUCAGGACAAAGAAGCUGCCUCUGCAGCGGCAACGACAACGACGACGACGACGACAACGGCCUCCGUUGAACCUGCUGGGACACAACCUGCCAGGCGCAGAUCAUCACCCACCCUGCGACGAACAUCGUAUAUCCGCGAGCGUGAACCCACUGGAACGACAGACCCAACUGGGACUACGGCUACGGAUCGUUCCGCCAUUUCCGAACCAAUUCCACGCCAUACUCAUUUUGAUCAGAGAGGUGGUCGGUUGAAAGGAGAACUUGACACCGAUCAACCGGAUGGACAGAAACCAAGUACGAGUAAAGAGCCAAGGCAACAGCAAACCACGACGGACGAAGAAACUCGACUGAUCAGUGAUGACGAGGAUGAGGAAGAGGAAGAACCGAUUAGUGCACCGAAGAAAUCCAGAUUGUCAUUUACCGGGCUGCAUCUGAUAGUAGCGUUCAUAGCAGGUGCAAUCGGUUCGAUGACGCUACGCCUGCAUCGUGUAUCCAGAAGUUAUCGAUACGUGAUGAAAGUGUUAGCUAAGGAGAAGAAAACUUUGAAAGAAACGCCUGGUUUCGGAGCUGGUAUGAGAACCGGAUCUAGUAUGGUAUGGACUCCUAUUCAAAGUUCAGGGCGAUCCGGAAAUAGUUCGCGUUCCGGUGCUAGUACCAGUAGCGUUAAAUCCUGCGCAGGAACACCGUUACCCAGUAGAGUUGCUUUGUACCGUAGUUCUGUAAACAGUAGUAGAAAUUCAUUGUGUCAAGCUACCGAUCAACAACAACCACAAUCUUUGCCACAGCUAUCAAUACAACCACCACCACCACGAACAUCAUCGCUUAGCUCAUCUAAAGCUGUUACUAUCGCAAGUAGCCACGAGCUAACUACUUACGCCGAUCAGUACAUUCCUAAGGAUGAAGGCAAAUCGACGGAAACGAUGGAAGUCGUUGAUCAAGCGCCGGCGGAUAACAUCUCGGAAGAGGAUUUCGCCAGUCAGGAGCAUUCGGUGAUAGUGGAAUUUUUACAAGCUGCCUGGUACGCUGUGCUCUCGCACACCGAUUUCAUCUGCUAUUUCUUGGUGUUUUUGAAUCAGAUCAAGUCAGCCAGCCUCCUAUCGCUACCGUUACCAUUGAUGGUAACACUUUGGGGUACUUUGACCUUCCCGAGACCGUCGAAAAAUUUCUGGGUUACGCUAAUUGCCUACACACAAACCGUCGUGAUACUAAAGUGUGUCUGUCAGUUCGACAUGUUGUGGUGGAAUCAGAACCCUAUACCUCCGAAUCAGCCAUUCAGUCCCGCCAGGAUCAUCGGAAUCGAACAGAAGAAAGGCUAUGCCACGUACGACUUGGCCCUGUUGCUCGUGUUGUUCUGUCAUAGAUUCAUACUCAAGUCUCUUGGAUUGUGGAAAUCAGAAUUUGCUGAAGAACCGAAUGCCGACGAAGGUCUUUACCAGUUGGAUACCAGUGAUGAAAAAACCAAAGCUCUUAUCGAGGCAGCGGAAGAAUUAGAUAAACACCGUGAAUCCCUAACUAUCCGGCAAGACGAUACCACAGAGCUAAAUAUGAUAAAGGUAGAGGAAGGAGCCGAUCGACACGCACAGCAAGAAACGGGCAACGGAACGGCGCUAGUGUGCAUUACACAUCACACCGAAGAUCCCGACGAUUACUUCCCCCAGAUUGUGAAGCAUUCGUUCCUGAAAUAUACAGCUUCGGUGAAGGCUUUCUUCAAUCAGCUACUGGACCGACAGUCCCGCAAGACGGCCGACGUUUACGGAUAUUUGUUUUUGUGCGAUUUCAUAAACUUUUUCGUGAUUUUGUUUGGAUUUUCGGCUUUCGGAACACAAGAAGGAGACGGCGGCGUACUGUCGUAUUUCGAAGAAAACAAAGUGCCAAUGACGUUCCUGCUGAUGUUGAUUAUACAGUUCUUCCUAAUCGUGGUAGAUCGGGCGCUUUACCUGCGAAAGUACAUGGUGGGGAAAAUCCUGUUUCAGUUUUUCCUCAUCAUUGGACUGCACAUUUGGAUGUUCUUUGUACUACCGGCCACAACCGAAAGAAGUUUCAAUGCAACCAAUCCACCGGUUUACUACUACCUCAUCAAGUGCUUCUAUCUACUGUUUUCAGCUUAUCAAAUACGUUGUGGUUAUCCGGCAAGAAUCCUGGGUAAUUUCGUUACCAAAGGUUUCUCCAUGAUUAAUUUCACCGGAUUUAAACUGUUCAUGACCAUACCGUUCCUAUUUGAGUUGCGUACCCUCAUGGACUGGAUUUGGACUGACACAUCCAUGACUUUGUUUGACUGGCUUAAAAUGGAAGAUAUAUUCACUAACGUUUAUCAGAUGAAGUGCAUGCGUGAACUGGAGGAAGAUUUACCUGCUCCUAGGGGGCAGAAGAAAGGUUCACUCACGAAGUAUCUCAUGGGAGGCGGCAUGAUGUUUGGAAUAAUUUUGCUAAUUUGGUUCCCGUUGGCACUGUUCGCCUUUAGUAAUGCUGUUGGUGAACCAAAUCUUCCCUACGAUGUAUCCAUCACACUCCGCAUCGGUCCCUAUGAGCCAGUGUACAUCAUGUCCGCUCAAGACAAUAACAUCCACGGGCUCAACGAUGCUCAGUGGGAGAAGUUCAUGACACCGUAUUCGAAAGAUAAAACUGCACUUACGUUUCUGUCCAACUAUGAACCGGUGGACGUGGCGGCAGUAAAACUGGGCGCAAAUUCUACCUCAAUUUGGAACAUUUCACCACCGGAUAAGGCUCGGUUGCUGAAUGACCUCAAUACCACAUCGACACUGACGUGCCGGUUUCGGUAUACCAUCAGUCGUAAUUCACAUUCCAAGGAAAAUCCCGGCACUGUUUCGGAGGAAAAGGCAUACGAAUUGGAACCGAACGAUCCUGCCCGAUCAGUUCUGGUGCAAAUGCUUGCAACCAACACGAACAUGACAGUGUCUUUACCAUAUCUGAUGCCAAAGUUUCUUAAAGUGAAAAACAGUGGAGCCGUGAAACCAAUUCAUCAACUCAUUCCGGCAGCUGACACUGAUGACAGCGAAAAAAAUUAUCGCAACAUUACACUGCGGUUGUUCCAGACUGAACCCAACAGUAGCAAUCCGCUGUUCUGGUGGGAAGCCAAAGAGAACUGUUCCGAUCCAACGUAUGCCAUCUUCGCAAAUAUGCCGUAUGCAGAUUGCAUGUCCCACCUGGUGAUGUAUUUGUUCAACGAUAAGAUCUUCCCAAGCACAAUCAGCUCCAUUGCUGCCGGAGGCAUCAUCGGCAUUUACUCUACGUUGAUUCUCGUCUUUUCGAGAAUGUUGCGCACCAGCAUCUUCUCCGGUGCAAGCUCGAAGAUUAUGUUCGAAGACUUGCCGUAUGUUGAUCGCGUGCUGCAACUUUGUUUGGACAUCUAUUUGGUGAGAGAAUCUCUCGAAUUCACCUUGGAGGAGGAUCUCUUCGCAAAACUUAUCUUCCUGUAUCGGUCACCGGAAACGAUGAUCAAGUGGACUCGUCCGAAAAACGAAGAAGGUGAUGACGACAGCGAUACGAUGAGUACGAGCUCCCGGUCGCGCAAAAAGAAUGAUUAGGGAUAGGAUUUACUUUCAUUACUAAAGGUGAUAUUAUUGUGUAAGGCAUAAUUGCAUACUUCUUACGAUAGCAACGUUCGAUUUUAAACCAAUACUGUAUGCGUUCGAAAUAUUGGCUUCUGAAAAUCCAUUUUUAUUAUCUUUUGUGAACUGUAAAGUUUGAAUUUAGGCAUAUGAAAUAAAAAUUUUUGUUUGUUGAAUUCGUGAAAAAAAGAGUAAGAAGAGUAUAUAUAUUCAUCAACAAAACGUUACGAACAAAUUCGAUAGUUUUCCGUCGCAUAAUGAAUCUAGUCGGUACAAUGUUCAGGAACAUUAAUAAGAUUUUUCGAAGAUUGUAUUUUGCAUCGUCUCAAACCGGCUCCUAACCGAAUCGCAUUUUCUACCACGUUAAGAGUAUCAAAUAUUCAUUGUAUAGAGCAAGCACUAUAUUAGGAGCACAAUCGUAGCCAAAAAAACUGGGAAAUAUAUUUUCGGAAACAAAAAAAUAAAA